UUUUUUCCAAUAAGAAACGGUAUGUGUCAAAAUGUGGUUGGCUCCAGGGUAAAAAUAAUUUUUUUUUUCUUCUUUCCUUCUCGCUACUCUCUCUCUCUUCUCUCUCGACGGCACCGGCUAACUCUCUCCCUGCUCCUUCUCGUCCCCAAUCAUCGAUGCUCUGACAUGGGUAACUGAUUAAUCUGCGAUAAUUUUGAGCCAAUUUGGUUCUAUUGUAUCGAUUUUGAGGGAUUUUUGAUUUGAAAUGGAUUUGUGUUCAUUAUGUUCAAAGCAUAAAUCAGCACUCAGUCAUGGCUUUGAUGGAUUGUUGUGUUCUCUCUGUUCUGUCUCUACGCUGCUUCUUCUUCAGGGGUCUUCUUCUUCCUCUAAUCGUUUUUUUUUCUUACUUACGUUUCUUACACACUGUAAUUGAUAUUAUUGUAUUUAUAGUGUGCUUAAUUUCUUUAUCAAGUUCGGUUCAUGCAGAUAUUACUUGAUGUUGUGAUAGUUUCGAAUUCGGUAACCUCUACAUCAAAGGUAAUGACAGAAGAGAGCCAGCUUCAACAUUCUCAAGUUGAACACCAGCUCAGAAGAGAAGUCGAGAUUCAGUCUCAUCUUCGCCACCCCAAUAUACUCAUGCUAUACGGUUACUUCUAUGAUCAAGUGAUAUCGAUCUCAAUCCUCGGCCUCCUCGCUAUCAUCACUCUCCUCUCUCCAGCUCUCUCAUCGCCGCGGUUCAGAGCAAAUCUUUCCCUAGCAAUGGGAUCAUCUGCUGUGAUACCUGCUACACAUGCGCUUUGCCUUUACUGGGAUCACCCUAACGUGUUCAUCGCCCUCGGUUACGAGAUUGCCACGGGCUUGUCGUAUGCUUUGGGAGCAGCGUUUUAUGUUAGUCGUGUGCCUGAGAGAUGGAAGCCUGGAGGGUUUGAUAUGGCAGGACAUAGCCAUCAGAUAUUCCAUGUGUUUGUAGUUUUUGGUGCUCUUGCUCAUUGUGUAACCACUCUUUUCAUCAUUGAUUUUGUACGGGCUUCCCCUUCUUGUGGGAUUUAGCCUUACGAUAUUGUUAGUAAGCUUAUGUGAUCUUACAUUACAUUCCUUUGUAUGCGAUCUAAUAGCUGGUUUGCAUUGAACUGUCUAUGGCUAUUUUGAGACUUAAUUCAUCAUUAAAUCUCAUUUUCAAUAUCGAAA